CUACUGCGCAGGGCUCUGCCGCGCGUGACCCGCCGACCCUGAAGUCUCUGCGCUGUAAUGGCGGCCUUGAGGGCCCUAGUGGCCCCGAGGCUGGGGGUCGCCUCCGCGUUUGCGCCGUUCCCCGAGCUCCUGCGGCCGCUGUCUCUCUGUGGGCUGGCCCCCUCCCCGCGCGCGGCCCUCCACGGCUCGGCGCCGCGCCCCGGGGCCAGGGUCGCGCUGGUGCUGUCGGGCUGCGGAGUCUAUGACGGGUCGGAGAUCCACGAGGCCUCAGCGAUCCUGGUGCACCUGAGCCGUGGCGGGGCUGAGGUCCAGAUCUUUGCCCCCGAUGUCCGUCAGAUGCACGUGGUGGAUCACACCAAGGGGCAGCCUUCUGAGAGUGAAAGCAGGAACGUCUUGACGGAGUCAGCCAGGAUCGCCCGAGGCAAGAUCUCUGACCUGGCUCAGCUCAGUGCAGCCAACCACGAUGCUGCCAUCUUCCCUGGAGGCUUUGGAGCUGCCAAAAAUCUGAGCACGUUCGCUGUCGACGGGAAGGAUUGCAGAGUCAACCAGGACGUGGAGCGGGUCCUGAAGGAGUUCCACGGAGCUGGGAAGCCCAUUGGCCUGUGCUGUAUCGCGCCUGUCCUUGCGGCCAAAGUGCUCAGAGGUGUUGAAGUCACCGUGGGCCAUGAGCAGGAAGAGGGUGGCAAGUGGCCUUACGCAGGGACUGCCGAGGCCAUCAAGGCCCUGGGUGCCAAGCACUGUGUGAAGGGUGUGACCGAAGCUCACGUGGACCAGAAAAACAAGGUGGUCACGACCCCAGCCUUCAUGUGUGAGACCGCCCUCCACCACAUCCACGACGGGAUCGGGGCCAUGGUGAAGAAGGUGCUGGAACUCACAGGGAAGUGACAGCUCCUGCGCCUGGCCGCCCCCGUCUGCCGCGGAGCCGUCUGCCACCCGUGACCAGCUGGGCACAGGGCCAGAGCUGCUUUUCUGUUUGACUUCAUGUUUUCUGCUUGAGCAGGGAGCUCUGCUGUGGGACAGGGGUCUGGCCUGAGGCUCCUCGCUGCAGGAGGGUGGCCAGCCACACCUUGACAGGGCAGCUGAGCAUUCCUUGUCCACCCCUGAGGAGCAAGCAGUCGCCACUUCCCCCAGCAACUGUCCCUGUCCAGGAGAGACCCUGAGGGAAAUACCACGCUGCGAUCUGGGUUUGAUGAUUUGGGAUGCUUGGGUUUGGAAGAAAACCAGUUGUUAUGUUACCUGUCUGAUGAUCAGGAGACCAGAAGUGCACGUUGAAGGGUAGAGACCCUCUGGUCUCAAGUGGACACUGAUCAGGGGAGGGACUUUCUGUAGCAGAAAGUCCUUUAGCUGCAGCAUGGCUCCUGUCCAAACUGGAAACUCCUGACAGGGACGUCUGGGCCUUCUGGAAUUGGUGAAUGGGCUGUAUCCAUGAGGUUUCUUGAAUCAGCCUCAGUUCUCUUAAUUUGGGGGGUAGGGGGAAAUUGCUGUCACUCAGCCUCCCUCUGUGACCAGGUGGGUGGACUGUGGAUUCCCGGGUGGCAGAAGCUCACAGGUGUGUGGAGGGGGGAAUAAAGGCUGCUUGUGUGCUGGUG